CUUGUCAAAGUGGUCCAACAGGUGGAGUCGAAUGAAAAGGCAGGGAUGAUCCCAAUGCUUCAUCAUUCUCCGUUAUUCUACCAACAGGUGAGCAUCUGAGAUGAACAGGAUGAUGAAUACUUUGUGGAUUGUUGGUGUUUUUGCACUUAUUGCUACAGUUGCAGCGCAAAAGAAAGAUAUUUGCAAGAAAGAUAACGGUUUCUAUCCACAUGACGAUUAUUGUGAUUAUUACUACGAAUGUGUGGAUGGCGUGCCUUAUUUGCAAGAGUGUCCAAAUGGAUUGGCCUUUGCCGGUGUCAGACGAGGUUUAAUCAACCAUUGUGACUAUCCACACAGAGUUGGUUGUCCUGACCAGGAAACAGGCAAAGUUAUGGGACAAUCUCCACAAGGAAAUGGAAACUGUCCAUGGUUGUUUGGUAUUUUCGCCCAUGAAAAGAGUUGCACUAGGUAUUGGCUUUGUUGGAAUGGUACCGGUACAGUACAGAUGUGCCCAUUUUCUCUUUUGUACAACGAAGUGGAGCAUGCUUGUGACUGGCCCGAAAAAGUUCCUGGAUGCCAGCAACAUCCUUUGUGCAAAGGCACUCCAAAUGGUGUGAAGCCGAUUGAUGGUUCAUGUGCCCGAUAUUGGCAUUGCAUGGGUGGAUAUCCCAGGCUACAGAGAUGUCCUGCCGGACUUGCCUUCACUGCAGAUGCAGGAAGAUGUGAAUGGGCCAACAAUGUUGCCGGAUGUGAACCUACCCCUGCUCCAGAAGAUGAUGAGAGAUCCCUUCAAGGAGUAAGCAGCGGCAACAGACGGCGUGUAACACCAAGUGAGGAAGAUGCUUAGAUCAAUUGAAUUAUUGAUUGAUUUACAAAUCUGAAGACAUUCGUUGUUUUUUUACGAGAACACCUUCCGAAUGAAAAUAAUUGAGAUUGAAAAAAAAAGACUAUUUUUCUAGUGCACCUCAUUUAGCUGGAAUCAUCUGUCAUUUCAUUGUUCUAUUUCUCAUGCAAUACUGAGUCAUAUUAAUGCAAUACGACUCGAUCUGCAUCAUGCUACUAUUUUUUUUCUUCAAUUUCCGUAGCAUUACAGUUUUUCCUUCUGUCAAUGUUUCAGCAACACAAACAAUAUUCCAAUUGGCAAUCUUAUGUUUAUAAGCACCGUGAAUCAGUUUUGCAAAAUUUAACUAGGUUUGCUUUCGGGACUUAAACCGUAUUCAAAUCAACUGUACUUUACUUACAGCUUAAAAUUUCAUGCAUUUUAUGUUUUAAUAGAUACAUUAAAUUAAAAGUUACUUUUUUAAAAAAAGUUGCCAAUGAAUGUCUAUUUGUUUGUUUCCGCAUAAGCUGUGAAAUUUUAGGAAUUUACUGAGGAUGAAUGACUUGAGUUGGAAAUGGCUUAGAGAAUUUUCUCUGAGGCAGCUUCUUUAAAAUUUUAUUUUUGUAACCAAAAUGAAGUUGUAAAUAAAUUUUUACUUUAUAAUAA